CCCGUCGCCCCUAAGAUGGCGCCGCCCACGGCGCGGUGCCCCCGCCCUCCCCCGCGCCCGCCUCAGCGCGCCGGGCAGCCGGGCCGGGGCGGCGCGGGGCCAUGGGCGCCGCAGCGAAGGGGUAGGGCGGCCGAGCGGGGCGCGGCGAGGCGCGGCGGCGCUCGCAGAGCCAUGGCGGCGGCGGUGGCGACGGCGGCCGGGCGGGCGCGGCGAGGGACGCCCAUGUUCUCGCAGAAAGAGCUCACAUCAAAGAAAAGAGAUGAGUUUGAAGAUAUCUUGGAGGAAAGACGAUUGUCCAGUGACUUAAGAUAUGCAAUGAAAUGUUAUACACCUGUGAUCUAUAAAGGACUUUCACCUUGCAAGCCAAAUGCUAUUAAAAGUGUUGUUCUCCAAUCAGAGCAGGUUCAAUAUGUUAUCAAGCAGUUAGCAAAAGAAAUGGGAGAAUCGCCUGAUAUUAUUCAAGAAGAAGCCAUGGAAAUCCUGGAUGAGAUGGGUCACAGUAUGCAAUUAGGAACUGUCAGAUUUUUUGCCUUUACUCUGAGCAAAAUAUUUAAACAGCUAUUCCAGAGAGUUUGUGUGAAUGAAGAAGGAAUGCAGAGAUUGCAACGUGCCAUUCAAGAGCACCCAGUUGUACUGCUGCCCAGUCACCGAAGCUAUGUAGACUUCUUGAUGCUGUCUUAUUUGCUAUAUACUUAUGACUUGGCUUUGCCUGUCAUUGCUGCAGGAAUAGAUUUCCUAGGAAUGAAGAUAGUUGGUGAACUGCUACGAAGGGCAGGUGCCUUUUUUAUGCGACGUUCCUUCGGUGGCAACAGACUCUAUUGGGCAGUUUUUGCUGAAUAUGUAAAAACUAUGUUAAGGAAUGGCUAUGCCCCAAUUGAGUUUUUUCUUGAAGGAACUAGAAGCCGCACUGCUAAGACUCUGACUCCAAAGUUUGGUCUUCUCAGCAUUGUGAUGGAACCAUUUUUUAAACGUGAAGUCUUUGACACGUACCUUGUUCCCAUCAGCAUCAGCUAUGAGAGGAUAUUAGAAGAAUCUCUUUAUGCAUAUGAACUCCUAGGAGUCCCAAAGCCCAAAGAAUCUACAUCUGGGUUGUUAAAGGCCAGAAGAAUCCUCAGUGACAAUUUUGGUACCAUACACAUCUAUGUUGGCCAGCCGGUGUCACUUAGAACAUUGGCUUCCGGGAGAAUCAAUCUAUGCCCAUAUAAUUUAGUUCCCAGGCAUCUUCCACAAAAGCCAACUGAAGAUAUUCAAGAAUUUGUCAGUGAUGUAGCUUAUAAAAUGGAACUCCUGCAAAUAGAAAACAUGGUUUUGAGCCCAUGGGUGCUAGUUGCUGCUGUUCUGCUCCAGAAUUUGCCUGCCAUUGAUUUUGAACUUCUAAUAGAAAAGACUGUGUGGCUCAAAGGCUUAACUCAGACUUUUGGAGGAUUCAUUGAAUGGCCAGAUAAUCUGUGUGCCAAAAAAGCAGUUAUGUCGGGCCUCACCCUGCACUCCAACAUUGCGCGCCUCGUCGAUGGCCAUGUGGUCCUCAAUGACAAAGGAAUAGAAGAUGGAGCCGUAGGGGAAAUAGUCUUUAAGCGGGCUUUGGUCAUCCUCAUGUGUAGUACCUACAGAAACCAGCUACUGAAUGUGUUUGUACGUCCAUCUCUGGUGGCACUUGCCUUGCAAAUGACACGCAGCUUCAGGAAAGAGGAAGUCUACAGCAGCUUCAGCUUCUUGAGGGAUAUCUUCUCUGAUGAGUUCAUCUUCUUUCCUGGUAUUUCAUUGAAGGAUUUUGAGGAAGGGUGUUUUCUUCUCACAAAAUGCGAUGCGAUUCAAACAACUCAACAGGAAAUCUACCCUACUGACAAAGGAAGUGUUGUAGUAUCUUUCUUGUCAGCUAUGUUCAGACCAUUUGUGGAAGGCUAUCAGUUAAUUUUCAGAUAUCUAUCAAAGGAAACAAAAGAAGCCUUUACUGAGAAGCAGUUUGUACCUGGAGUUCGCAACUUUGUUUUUCAACUCCUUGAGAAGGGGGCUACACAGUGUUAUGAGGCGCUGUCUUCUGACAUGCAGAAAAAUGCCUUAGCAGCUCUUGUGCAACUGGGUGCAGUGAAGAAGAAGAAAAUGUCCAAUGGAUUCUCUUACAGUGUAAAUCAAGAGGCUAUCCAUAAAAUCCUGAAUGUGUUUGAUGCCAGGACACCUGUACAGAAGCCCAUGGCUGCACGGCUCUGAAUACAGAAGCUCCACCCGCCCGCUAAGGCCGCACCGACCGAGACCGCGUCCUCUCAGCGCACCCAGAAUCCCGACAGGAGCGUGGGGCGGGCUGUAGGGAGUGCGUGCGUGUGUGCGUGUGUGCGUGCUUCAGCGGGGCUGCUUCCUGCUGCCACUGAGAGACGGUGCUGCUGAGGGUUGCAGUUGAUUUCUAUACUCACCGUGUUUUGUUGUUUUUUAAAUUGAUUAAAUGUUUUUUGGGUUGGUUUUUUUUGUUUGGUUGGUUUAUUUUUUUGGGAGGGAUACGUAUUUAAAGAGAAGUGCACGGUAAUGGAGACUCGAAUCCGUUUUCUAGACUUGUAACAAGGAACGUGAUUGAUUGCGGACUGUAACGGGGGACUGAAGGCGUUAACAUUAAAACUAACGUUCACACAA